UCCAUCCUCGCUAAUUGACGCUGUCUUAUUAGCUUUGAACUUCAAGUCUCCUACGUUUUCCAGACUGUAGAGCAGUUUAUUAAAAAAAAAAAAAAACAUCUUGUGUUAGGCCUUAUUACAUCAGACUGAUUUGUGUUUGCAUUGGGGUCUCUCCCUCAAACACCUGGCAGUUUGUGUCUCUCCUGAACACCGAGGAUGAGUGUUGAAUGAAUCCUUCCUUCCCUGGACUGAAAUGAUCACCUUGUGAGGAAAAAAAAACACACCUCUGUCCCUCUUCACAUCAUCACUGACACGUUCUGUUCCCUGUUAAACGCACAAAAGCUAAGCUCAAGAUGGCUCUCAACGUCCCCGGUCUAGUGGUGAUGGCGGUGUUCUACGUCGUGAUUUUGGGCACAGGCAUCUGGGCGUCCAUGCGCUCCAAGAGGGUAGAGAAAAGAAGCACAGGAGACGGCAUGGAGAUGACGCUUCUGGCUGGACGCAAAAUUAAUUUGCUUGUUGGGAUUUUCACUCUCACUGCUACAUGGGUGGGAGGAGGUUUCAUUCUGGGUAUCGCUGAGGCAACAUACAACCCAACACUCGGUGCGGUUUGGGCGCUCAUGCCCGUUCCUUAUGUCUUGACCUUCUUCUUAGGUGGCUUUUUCUUUGCCAGGCCUAUGAGAGAGAACAAGUACAUGACAAUGAUGGAUCCUUUCCAACAGAAAUAUGGGAACGUCCUGAGCAGUGCACUGAUCUUUCCUGCGCUGGUGGCCGAUGUGCUGUGGGUGGCACGCACGCUUGUCAGCCUGGGUGGAACCAUGAGAGUGAUCCUGGACCUGCCGUACGUCUACUCCAUCAUCAUCUCCUCAGUGGUGGCCAUCAUCUACACUCUGCUGGGGGGGCUCUACUCUGUGGCCUACACCGAUGUCAUCCAGCUGAUCCUCAUCUUUGUCAGCCUGUGGGUGUGCGUUCCCUUCAUGUUGACCAACCCACACUCCCUGGACAUUUCGCUCACGGCGUACAACCAGACUUUUCAGGCCCCAUGGGUGGGCACAGUGGAGCUCAACGAAGCCGGCAAGUGGUUUGACGACUUCAUGCUGCUGGCGCUGGGCGGCUUGGCCUACCAGGCGUUUUACCAAAGAAUCCUGUCCUCCUCGUCUUACAGCCAGGCUCAAUUGACCUGCUUCACUUCAGCAGGUUUCUGCCUGGUCCUGGGUAUCCCAUCUGUCCUGAUCGGAGCUGUGGCAGCGUCUACAGACUGGAACUCAACCACAUAUGGAUUACCCACCCCGUAUGAGCGGGACGAAGAAGGAUCCAUUCUUCCUAUUGCACUGCUUUUCCUCACACCCACCUACGUGUCUGUCAUUGGGAUUGGAGCUGUUGCUGCAGCUGUCAUGUCCUCCAUGGACUCAGCCCUGCUGUCCUCUGCCUCUUUGUUCUCUUCAAACAUCUACAAGAACAUCAUCAGAAAACAGGCCUCAGACUAUGAGAUGCAGUGGGUGAUCCGGAUCUCAGUGGUAGUCGUGGGUCUCGCUGGCACUGGUCUCACCUUCCUGGACAGCAGCGUCCUCGUCUUCUGGCUCGUAGGGGUGGACAUGUCCUACACCAUCAUGUUUCCUCAGCUGGUCUGCGUCCUCUUCUUUAAGGUGUCUAACGGUUACGGAGUCUGUGUUGGCUACAUCCUGGGCUUUGUCAUGAGGGUCCUGAGCGGUGAGCCGCUCAUAGGCCUCCCGCCCGCCAUCAGGUUCCCUGGCUGCCGGUUGGACAAGGAGGGGAAGCUAACCCAGUUCUUCCCCUUCCGCACAACUAUCAUGCUCUUGUCGCUGGUGUCCAUUGUGUUCUUUUCAUGGUUGGCAUCCGUAAUUUUCAGCAAAGGCCUGCUGUCUGAUAAGUGGGAUGUGUUCGACAUUAAACGCAGGGCAGCACAGACGGCGAGGGCUUCAGAUGUGAAAAUGUCAGACACCGACGAGGGUGGCUCUGCAGCCAAGCAGCAUCUGAACACAACCAGAUGCUAAAGAGGCUGAAGUCUGGCCUUUUUGACUGGGAGAUGGGAUGUUAAAAAGGGGAACAAUAAAAACAGAUUCUAUUAUAUGCACAAUUUCUGUAAGUUUAUAUGUCAUGAUGGUUUAUGAUGAACACGUAUGUCAUGCAUAACUAAAAUGGAGGCACCCCAGCUGUUAACAUAAGUUUUAACCAGAAAACUAUUUGAAUUAUGGUUAAAUGUUAAUAAAGAAAAAGGUCAUAGCUUUGUACCUCCUUAACGAAAGGAGUUUCACAUGUGCACUAACAUAUUUUUCAUAUAAAAUAUAUAUUUUUUUGCAUCAGACAGAUCUGCUGGUCAAGCACAAUGAUACCAUUGCCAAUAAACUAUCAGUACUUCUGGCAGUGUGAGAAGGUGCCAAGUCCUGCUGGAAAAAUAAAUCAGCCUUUCCACAAAUGUUAACAAUACAGCAGCGUACAGUCCUCUAGGAUUCCCUGGUACAUGUCACCGUUAGACCAGUACGACGUUUCUAAUCAUUCUGGUUCUGGAUUGGGUUAAAAACAAAGAAUGUGAUGGUUGUAGCUUCCGCCCUGACAUGUUUGUGUGUGGUAACUCUGGAAACAGUAGCUGUGUUUCCUUUACAAAUGUGCGCAAAGCUUUGUCAGUAAUGUAGAAAAAACACAAUUUCUCAAUUGCGACAUUUGAAUUGCAUGAGAAACGCAAAUAAAAUCACAUGUGAAUAAGUUUGUUCACACGAUAAGUCAUUAAAAAACAUGUCGUGCCCUCAUC